UAAGUAAUUUCAAUAAAACUAUUCAAGAUGUUCAACAUAAUGAAGAAUUUUUAAAAGCAAAAAUUAUGCAAUUAAGUGUAUUCAUUGAAAACGGUGCUACACAUCAAGAUAUUCUUUUUGCAAAAGAUAUAUUCAAUCAAUUAAACAUACUUUAUAAUACCAUUCUCAAUACCUUGCAGGAUAUCGAAAAUUCAAUAACAUUCUGCAGAUUAAAUGUAUUGCAUCCUAGUAUAAUUAAAUCUAGCGACUUAUUUCUAGAAAUCCAGAAAAUCGAAUUUCAUUAUGGUACCACCUUGCCUUUUGAAGUCAAAUAUGAAAAUAUUUUAAAUUUUGAGUCUCUCUUAAAAAUUCAUUGCAAAAUAGACCCAAAUCGAAUAACAUAUUUCUUAUCAAUCCCUAUCUAUUUUGAAAAAGAAUAUGACUUAUUUAAUAUGCUAUCUAUACCAACAAGGCAUGAAUCAGAAUACUUAACGAUAAUUCCAAACACGAAACUUGUUUUAAAAGCCAAAAAUGAAGGCACAAUUAAACCUCUAUCCGACAUGUGUACCCAAGGUAAAUGGUAUCACUGUCCGAACAGUCUACAAGCCAAUUACAGAACACCCUGUGAAGAAAAUAUUCUCUUAAAUCAAAACUCUAGCGGUUGCCGUUUCAUUCGAUUAAAAAUCGAUGAAAAUCACAUCGAAACUGUACCCGAAAUUAACCAAUAUUUGGCUGUAUUUCCAAAAGAAGAGAAAAUCGAAGCCCAAUGUCAAAAAUCGAUUGAAACUAUAUCACUUACAGGUAUCUACCUAAUUAAGAAAGACUCCUGUAACUUAGUAUUCAAAGGACGAAAAUUAAAUUUUCAAGAAACAAGUUAUGGUAAACCACUCAUAGUUAAUACAGUUCAUCUUCAGUCAAAAGUUCAUACUCGUCCCAAAUUUAAAGUGGAACUAAAUAAACUAAAUCUUAAAGAGUUACCUACCGAUCCUAUGAUGCCGAUCGAAAAUGAAGAAGAAAUUCACAAAUAUCACUUGCCAAGUCUUUGGACCAUCAUCCUGUAUAUUUUACUAGCAACCACUGCUGU